AUGGAGCUCCGUGGAUAUCCCUACACCUGGGAACGAGGUCGUGCGUCUGGAAACUUGGUUGAGAUUGACAAAGCCUUAGUUUCUCAACGAUGGCUUGAUCAAUUUCAUCAGGUAACUCUGUCUAACCUCCCUAUCUCCUCUUCGGAUCACACUCCUAUAUUGUUGGAAUUUCAUGACAGCCCCCAUAGAGAUAAUUAUCAUUUUCGGUUUGAAAACUCCUGGUGUCGUGAACCUAUGUGUGCUCAGAUUGUGAAAGCUUGUUGGGAAAAUAAUAGUCACCUUUCUCUGCUUGAUAAGAUAAAAGUGUGUAGUUCUCAAUUGGAUAGUCGGGGGAAAAAUCUUACUGGUAACUUUAAGAAUCGGAUUGCUAAAAGUAAGAAAAAGAUGACUGCUAUGAAACAUUCUGGCUUUGACAACUACUAUCAGGAUUAUGUAACUGAGAAAAAUAAUUAUUUUGAGAUUCUUGCUCAGCAGGAAAUCUAUUGGAAGCAGAGAUCCAAGCAGUUUUGGUUAAAUGCAGGAGACAAGAACAGCAAAUAUUUUCACGCCACUGCCAGCUCUCGUAAACGAAACAAUCAAAUUUACCAGUUGCAAAAGUCGAAUGGGGAUUGUUUAGGUUGGGAUACCGGUCUAAAUGAGGUGAUUUCUGAUUAUUUUGUUGAUCUGUUUACAGCAAAUGGCACCUUUCAAAAUACUGUUGCUAAUGAUAUUAGGUGUAGUAUUGAUGAAGAUCAAAAUAACAUCUUACUACAGCCUAUUUCAUCUGAUGAAGUUAGACAUGCCCUUUUUUAA